AUGGCUGAUUACAACAACAACAGCUUUGACUGCUCGGCAUCGGACCUUCUCUGUGAUGAAGAAACCAAAGGCUUUUUCUUGGACGAUGACGACGAUGAUCUUGUCCGAUUAGCCCAGCCUUUCAACGAUCAGAGCCGUCGAUCCAACGGUGGAGAUUCGGAGUUGUCUCUAAUUAAUCUGCCAUGCCUGAGUGAGCAGUGCAUAUGGUGGAUGGCUGAGAGAGAGAGGGAGCACUUGCCCAGGGAUGAUUAUUUGCAGAGACUCAAGACUGGUGAUUUGGAUGUUAGCUUCAGAAAAUGGGCUCUUCAUUGGAUGUUAAAGGCUUGCGCCCACCAUAACUAUGGCGAGACGUGCCUGUACACUGCGAUGAGUUGUUUCGACCGAUUUCUAUCGGUUUAUGAAUUCCCCAUAUGUUCACUGGGAGGGGGAGAUAAAAAAUGGGUAACUCAGUUGAUCUCUGUGGCCUGUUUAUCACUGGCAGCAAAACUUGAGGAGGUUAAUGUUCCAACUACUGUGGCCUUUCAGGCAGGGGAACCGAAAUUCUUGUUCGAAGGAAAAACGAUACAAAGGAUGGAAUUCUUGAUUCUGAACCGUCUCGAUUGGAAGAUCAAAGCUUAUACGCCUUGCAAUUUCGUCGACUUUUAUCUGAGAAAGAUGAACAACGGCGAAAGCCCGUCGUGGCGGACGAUUAAUUGGUCUCUUGAUGUCAUCAUAAGCACAAUCCAAGAUAUUGAAUUCUUGAAAUUCCGGCCAUCUGAAAUAGGUGCAGCUGUUGCUGUGUUUAUUUUAGAAGAAGAAGAAGUACAAUCAAAGGACAUUGAUAAGUCAUUAUGUGGCUUAGUAGGAACUGAUAAGGGCAGAGUUGAGAAGUGUGUUGAAUUGAUCAAGAAUUUGGGUACAAUUAGUGGAAUGAUUAAGGGUGAUAAUAGAAAUUUGUCUAAGUUUGGCUCAAUUUUAUCAUCAUCAUUAUCACUAGAGGCUCAUAGUCCAAAUGGGGUUUUGGAGGCAGCAUGUUUGAGCUGCUGCACAACAGUUGAGCCUUCACACACUAGUACUACUCCACAGCCUAAAAGGAGGAAACUGCAGUGA